UCCCUCACGCUGUGGGGGUGCUUUCUUUCUCCGGGGGUCUUUCCCUUAGGCGUUGGGUGCUUCUUGCCCCGCGGUCCAUUUCUUUGCCUAGUUCUCUCCGUCUGCAGUUCAUCUCCAAUGCCCGGUUUUAGCGGGGACUUGCCCUCCGGGAAAGGCAGGGCCGCGACUAUUCAACCCCAUCCCAGUCUUGCAGGCACCCAGCUUCCCCGACCCCUCACACCGGUUCUCCUCACUGCCUUCGUUGAUCCCCGCUUCGGCACCCUCAGCUCACUCGCCUUCCACUCUUUUUUUUCCCUCUGCAGGGAUGGAAGCUUCCUGGCGCCAGGUGGCCGGUGGCAGAGGCCGAGCCCGAGGGCGAGCCACUGCGGCCCCCUCUUCGGGAAAUGGAGUCUCUCUGCGCGGCGUCGGUGGAGGGCGAGAGAAGGGAGCUAAUGACCCAGAGGAAAUUUGAGGAAAUAAAGAAGGCUAAUCAAGCUGCAGCCAAAAAACUUGUUGAAGAACACUUUAGUUCUUCGUCUGAGGAAGAAGGAGAUGAAGAUUUUGAAGGAAAGCAGGGAAAAAUAGUUGCUAAUACAUUUAUAACAUACACAACUCAGACAGAUGGAGAUAUAUGUGAAUUAGAACGAACAAAACAAUAUGUAAAUGAAGCCUUUCAAGCAGGGGCUAUGACAUGUUUGAUUUGUAUUGCUUCAGUGAAGAGAAACCAAGCAGUUUGGAGUUGUUCAGGAUGUUUCUGUAUAUUUCACUUGCCCUGUAUCCAGAAGUGGGCUAAAGACAGCCAGUUUCUUGUAUCUUCUCCUUUGAUGGAUGAUGACUUUGGAAAGAGAGAUUAUCCCUGGCCUUGUCCAAAAUGUAGGUUUGAAUACAAACGAUCUGAAACACCGAGUAGGUACUAUUGCUAUUGUGGAAAAGUAGAAGAUCCACCUUUAGAUCCGUGGCUUGUGCCUCAUUCAUGUGGCCAUGUAUGUGAGAAAGAAUUUAAACCUCCUUGUGGCCAUAAGUGUUUACUCCUUUGUCAUCCAGGUCCCUGCCCUCCUUGUCCAAAGAUGGUCACAACCACUUGUUACUGUAAGAAAGCAAAACCUAUCCCUCGUAGGUGCAGUGCCAAAGAAUGGUCUUGUCAGGGGCCAUGUGGGCGGAAGCUGCUUUGUGGACAACAUAAGUGUGAAAAUCCUUGUCAUGCAGGAACUUGUCAGCCCUGUCCAAGAGUUAGUAGACAAAAGUGUGUCUGUGGCAAAAAAGUAGCUGAACGAAGUUGUGCAAGUCCACUGUGGCACUGUGAUCAAGUAUGUGGAAAAACACUGCCAUGUGGUAAUCAUACAUGUGAACAGGUUUGCCAUAUUGGUGCUUGUGGAGAAUGUCCUCGAUCUGGGAAAAGAUUCUGUCCUUGUCAGAAAUCAAAGUUUUCUUUGCCUUGUACAGAAGAUGUACCGACUUGUGGAGAUAGCUGUGACAAAUUACUUGAAUGUGGAAUCCAUAGGUGUUCACAGCGUUGUCACCGAGGUCCUUGUGAAACAUGUAGACAAGAAGUGGAAAAGCAUUGUCGUUGUGGAAAGCAUACAAAACGAAUGCCAUGCCAUAAACUUUAUCUGUGUGAAACUAAGUGUGUUAAGAUGCGUGACUGUCAGAAGCAUCAGUGUAGGAGAAAGUGUUGCCCUGGUAACUGUCCACCUUGUGAUCAAAACUGUGGACGGACUUUAGGAUGUAGAAACCAUAAGUGUCCAUCUGUCUGCCAUAGAGGCAGUUGCUAUCCCUGCCCGGAAACUGUAGAUGUGAAAUGCAAUUGUGGUAAUACAAAGGUGAUAGUACCCUGUGGCCGAGAACGUACCACAAGACCACCCAAGUGCAAAGAACUAUGUAGUCGACCACCAACUUGCCAUCAUACAAGUCAAGAAAAACAUCGCUGUCACUUUGGCUCUUGUCCUCCAUGUCAUCAACCUUGCCAAAAAGUUUUGGAGAAAUGUGGUCACUUGUGUCCUGCUCCAUGUCAUGAUCAAGCAUUAAUAAAGCAAACUGGCAGGCACCAGCCUACAGGGCCUUGGGAACAGCCUUCUGAACCAACAUUUAUUCAAACUGCAUUACCUUGUCCUCCAUGUCAAGUUCCUAUUCCUACGGAAUGUCUUGGGAAGCAUGAGGUGAGUCCACUACCAUGCCAUGCUGUAGGACCCUACUCUUGUAAGAGAGUUUGUGGACGAACUUUGGAUUGUCAGAAUCAUACUUGCAUGAAAGAAUGCCAUAAAGUAACUGAAAAUGGUGACUGCACUGGUAAAAACAAGGCUGGCCCAGAAUGCCUACAUUGCGAAGAAGGGUGCUCUAAAUCACGACCUCUAGGCUGUCCUCACCCAUGUGUUCUGCCAUGCCACCCUGGAGAAUGUCCUCCUUGUGUUCAGAUGCUUAGAAUAAAAUGUCACUGCAAGAUCACAAGCCUCUAUGUGGAAUGUAGAAAAAUAACAACAGCUGAUGUAAAUGAAAAGCACCUCCUCAGUUGUUGCAAAAAUCAGUGCCCUAAAGAGCUUCCUUGUGGACAUAGAUGCAAGGAAAUGUGCCAUCCUGGGGAAUGUCCCUUUAAUUGCAACCAGAAAGUAAAACUUAGAUGUCCUUGCAAAAGAAUAAAAAAGGAAUUGCAGUGCAACAAAGUACGUGAAAAUCAGGUUUUACUAGAAUGUGACACAACGUGCAAAGAAAUGAAGCGGAAAGCAUCUGAGAUAAAAGAAGCAGAAGCCAAAGCUGCUCUGGAAGAAGAAAAACGAAGACAACAGGCUGAACUGGAAGCUUUUGAAAACAGACUGAAAGGUCGUCGAAAGAAGAACAGGAAAAGAGAUGAAGUAGCAGUUGAGCUAUCAUUAUGGCAAAAAUAUAAAUAUUAUCUACUUUCAGUAUGUGGAGUUGCAGUUUUAGUGUUUGCAUGGUACAUGGCCCGUGAUGUGUAUUAAAAUUUUUUGAUCUUUUAAUAUACUUCAGAUUGAAUUAGAUAAAUUGCUAAAUUUGAAUUAUUAGAAAGUAUAUAUUGUAGAACAUGAUAUGUUCACAUUCAUCUCUAUUCUUUUCCAGCUGUUGUUUAGAAGGACAGAAUGUUAAAUUUUAUCUUAAUUAGCAUACUAAAAAGGGCAGUAUAACAAGGUUUAAAGUAAAAGCAUGACUGAAACUUUAAAAUAUUUCAUAAGGUAUAGCUAGUGGCAGAAUGACAUGUUAGUUGUCUAUUGUGCUUCCUUGUAUUAACAUGAUUGUUACAUUUACUAUUUCAAACCAAAAACUGAGCCAUAUGUGUAGUUAGAGGAAUAUUUCUCAAAUGUUUUGCUUGCUUAUUAAAGGAUACUUUUCUUGAUCAUGUAACUUUGUAAUUUUUUAAAGAAAGUGAUUCGCUAAAAGAUCUCUUAAAUUGUAACAUGAUGGUAUAUAAUUAGAUUCUAAAUUGGUUUAUGAGUGAAGAAUGUUUAUUAUUGGUUGAUAUAAAUUGCCAUGUAGUAUGUUUCUCAGAGGAAAAUACAAUUGUCUUCAACAAAUAUCAGGCUAGAUUCCUCACAUGUGGCUAUUUCUUGUGUAAGAAACUUUUAAGGUUUUGUAAAACUUGUAUGUGUCUUUUCAAAGUAAUAAAAAGAAAACUAAUAUUUAAAAGCAAUACGUGCUAAGCACAGAAUUUAUGAGCUUUAUGUAUUUUGUUCUCAUUUCUCCUCACCAGAAUCUUAUGAGGUAAGUAGAUUUCAGCUGGAAAUAAUCAGUUUUUGUGAAAAUAAGCUUAUAGAGAAAUAUCAGUAAGCCGAGUCUGUUUGCAUUGUAAAUAAUUUUAAAUAGUUUUGCUAUUUAAUUUUUGAAUGACUAAUUUUUUCAUUAAAAUUUUUUAUACAAAUUUGUAAUCUAAAAUAUUUAUUAUUUAUACCCUAUAAUUUUUAGGUUACACAUUAAUAUAAAUGUAUAAAACAAUAAUUGAUGCAGAACAUAGUAACAGAUAAAUACUAAAAUGCGGCAGAAGUGUGUUUUAAGUAUGAAGAAUUUUUAAAUUUUACUGGAUUUAAGUCAAUUUUUUUGAAAGCCAUGUACAUUAAUCAAAUAUUAGCUGGUGUUCAGAAUUAAAGGGCAUUCAUUCCUUUC